CCACUCAUAUUCUCAUAAUGCGAGUAUUUAUCAAGAAUCAAAAUACAAUCAAAUAAUUUAUAUUAAUCGUGCGCUUAUCUAGUUUCACCAACAGAAUUCGCGAAUGUAAUGUAAUGUGCAAAAACCAUUAUCUGUAUCAUGCGUUUCGUUGCCUGCGAUUGCGUGCUGAUAAAAAUAUAUCAUCUUUUUUUACUUCUAAGUGGCAAAGACAUUUCCACUAAUUAAUAUGUGUAAGUGAAUUAUUCGAUUGUGAAAAUGGAGAACGCUAACGAGGUCAGUAAGGGUGAGGAUCCCAGCGGACAGAAAAAGGAAGUGUCGAGUGGUUCGCAAAAGAAAUGUUUAAUUUGUGGUGACAAAGCUUUAGGUUACAAUUUCAAUGCUAUAUCCUGUGAGAGUUGUAAAGCGUUCUUCCGUCGAAAUGCGCUCACGAACAAAGAGUUCAAGUGUCCUUUUUCGAACAAUUGUGAAAUAACUGUUGUAACACGUCGGUUUUGCCAAAAAUGUCGUCUAGAAAAGUGUUUAGCGGUAGGCAUGGUGAAGGAGUUUAUCAUGUCAGAGGAAGAUAAAGCUGAAAAGCGACGAAAAAUAGAAGAGAAUAGAGCGAGAAAGCGACAGAUGUUAGAAUGCGAGGAUACAGUGUCAAGUUCUAAGAUGAGAAGGGAAGAAGUGUCUGCACAGGAGUCGGUCCAGUACGACACGUUAAACAGUACGACGUGCAGUCCGCACAGUACAGUGCAGUCUCCGCUGAGCACAGACAUGGAGGGAUCGUUGAGCUCGCCUCCCUUCCACCCGUACCCACAAGUGCACAGCACUGACUCGCAGUACAACCUGAAGGUUCUUCCGAUAGACGAGAAGACAGUCAUCAACAGGUCGGUGUAUGAGCAGCGUCUGCUGGAACAGCAGUACCAGUGUGAGUCGGCUGACAGUAUGUAUGCCGAUCCGCCUAAACAAAAUAGUAUAAGGUCUAUAUUAACAAACGGUGAUACCAUGGUGCACAACGAAGCAAGCAAUGAACAUGUUUGUGAAGAGAUGCCGUCCACAAGUAACGACGCUGAUGUUAACAAGGCGAGGGAGAUUCUGCAGGAUGUUGAGAGGAUAGAACCAAACUCAAUGGAGUCAAUACUAUGUGAAGCUAUCAAAUUGGAGUUUGAAGCAUACACGUCAUUGAACAACUGCAGCGGCUCAUCACGGGAAUUGAAUGAGGUGGAAAGAGCCAAACUAAACGAGUUGAUAGUGGCCAAUAAAGCCCUCCACGCACCGAUCGACGAUGAUCUCUCUCAACUCAUUGGAGAUACAGCUAGCUCUGCUGGUAUUACGGUAAAUGAUAACAAGCACGACCCGAGGCUAAUUACGAUUGUGAACCUUACUGCGGUCGCGAUACGGCGGUUUAUCAAAAUGGCGAAAAAGAUUAAUGCAUUUAAAAAUAUGUGUGAAGAGGAUCAGGUGGCGCUGUUAAAAGGCGGUUGCAUAGAAAUGUUAGUUCUACGGAGCGCUAUGACGUACGAUGGACAGAGGAAUCAAUGGAAGCUACCCCACAAUCACUCACGCUUCGGCACUAUCCGUACCGAGGUGCUGAAACUAGCUCCCGGCGAUAUAUAUAGAUCCCACGAAGCGUUCAUACGAUCAUUUGCAGCCGCACACCGAACGGAUGAAAACGUUAUAUUGAUCAUGUCAGCUAUAUUACUAUUCAGCCCGGAUCGAGCUAAAGUGGUGCAUAGAGAUGUUAUUAAAUUGGAACAGAACUCGUACUACUACCUCCUCCGGCGAUACCUGGAGAGCGUAUACCCAGGGUGCGAAGCCAAGUCCACCUUCCUGAAGCUGAUCCAGAAGACGGUGGAACUCAGGAGGUUCGCAGCCGAGGUCACCGGGGUCUACCUGGACGUGAACCCCAUAGAACCGCUCCUCAUGGAGAUAUUUGACUUGAAACACCACCCGGCUUAGGGUAAGCGACGUUAAGUGGGGUGGACGGAUGGAUGGGUGGUCGGUUGAUGAAAUAGUGUUUGUGAAUAGGAAGAAAUGUGAAUACUAUGCGAUUCAAUUAAAAAUAGGAUUGAGGCCUCGCCAUUUUAUGAUGUCACACAAUUUAUAAUCGGAGUAAGAUAUUAUCACGUUAAUGUUGUUGUAAAUAUGAAGAAAAUAAACCAUUAAAUGUAAUACAAAAUGAUUUGUAAGUAUAUGAUAUUGUUCAAAUAAGAUUUGAAACGAAAUUGAGACAUAAAGGACUUUCCUAUUCUUGGUUUAAUCGCAUUUUCAUGAACACUUGUAAAGUUUACAUGAAUGAAAUUGUUGAGUUUGUUUUAUUGCCGUGGUGCUGAUUUAGGAUGGGAUAGUAAAAAUAUCAUUGUGUCAAUUAUUUGGCUAAUUCGUUAAUUAUAUUAUGAUAGACAUGCUAGUUUUGGUAAUUAAUAAUCAUAACUAUAUUUUGUGUUUAAAACUUUAUGGAAUUUUUUUAAU